AGAGGAGGACAAGGCUACAACCUUCGGGUUUUCAUGAUGGCAUCUCCCUCCAGUAGGGCUGAGGCAUGGGCGGAGUUUGAUGAAACUAAAAUAAACACUGACACGCAGCAUCUCACGAGUACGUGCAGCCUCAGAAGGACAGACUGCAAUAGCUAGAAGGACAGCUUAAAAUCUCUGGCAAGAUGAUCAAAUCCUUCAAGCAAACAUUUCUGUCCCUGGAUCUGCAGUCCCCUCGGUGGAGCUCAGCAGAGACGAUGACAAAGGAUUAUGAACUACGUCAGUACGAGACGGCAAAGUGGGUCAGCACAGUCAUUAGGGGAGAAACCCAGAAGGAGGCAAUGCGCCAGGGCUUCUGGAAACUCUUCCACUACAUCCAAGGGAAGAAUGAGAAAGAAAUGAAAAUUGAUAUGACUGUGCCAGUGACAUGCCUGAUAAAAUCUGGCUGCGCAGACUUCAAGAUCUCUUUCUUUGUGCCAUUUGAACAUCAGGACUCUCCACCACAGCCCAAUGACUCAGAUGUGUUUAUUGAAGAGCGGAAGGCAGCACCCAUCUUUGUCCGGUCCUUUGGUGGAUUUGCCUCCCCAGAGAAAUAUGCUGAGGAAGCUGAAGUCUUGGCCAGAAUCUUAAGAAACAGAGGCCAACCAUUCCAUGAAGACUUCUUUUAUACUGCAGGCUAUGACAGUCCCUUCAAGCUCUUUAACAGGCACAACGAAGUGUGGUAUUUUAAAAAGUAAUGUGGUGGUGUGGGGGGGAAUAUUAGGAGGCUACUAAUCAGCUCUGAAUGAAAACAGACCUUAUUAAUGGCUUUUGCUUUAGUGCAGAAGAUACUUAAUUUGCA